CUGCAGGCAGUCACUCUCAAAACGAGGCUUGCACCGCAAAUAGUGCCUUAGCGACACACCGUGCCGACGCCGCUGAAUCCCUCAGCCCUGGAUACGGAGCGCCUAAGGCCGAGGCCUGUAGUUAUCACCCGGUCUCCUGCUGCCACAUGACGAUGAAGUUAACACGGAAGCAGGUACUGUCCAGGGCCAAAGCAUCGGAGCUGGACAGCGUUAGGAAGCUGAACUGCUGGGGAAGUCGUCUAACAGAUAUUUCAAUAUGUCAUGAACUUCCAAACAUUGAAGUAAUAACAUUAAGUACAAAUAGCAUAUCCACCUUGGAGCCACUAACAAAUUGUCUGAAUCUGACUGAGCUCUACCUAAGGAAGAACAAUAUUUCCAACUUGCAGGAGCUUUAUUAUCUGAAGCAGCUACCUAGGCUGAAGAUAUUGUGGUUGUCUGAAAAUCCAUGCUGUGGUCCAAAUCCUCACAAAUACAGGAUGACUGUGGUUCGAAACCUCCCUAAUCUUCAUAAACUUGACAAUCAAGCAGUUACAGAAGAAGAGCUCACUCAGGCCUUAAAAGAAGGUGAAGACAUCACAGCUCCUCCAGCUGAUAGUUCUUGUACAGACAAUGAUCAAUCGGAACCAAGCACAGAUCAGAAUUGCACUGAGGUCACUGCUGAUACAGACGCCGACUUGUUAAACUUUAGCAUGGAAGAAACAAACAAAAUUCGGGAACAGCUUGGAAUGAAACCUCUCCCUAGAGACAAAUUUUCUUCAUUUUCAUCACCAGCAAAUGCAGACGGAAGCAGAAAGAAAAGGAAUAACAUUCUUAAUGCAGUUCUACUAUUGUUGAAAGACCUGGACACAGAAGGAUUGGAAAUUGUACAUCAAACUGCAGGAAACAGACUUCACCAAUUAAAAAAGAAAGAGUUCCAACAGGAGACAUAAAUGUUGAUAGAUCAAUGUUUUGUCUGAAAUCCAGACAGUCAUCAAACAUGCAUACUCUUUUAUGCUUGAUCUGGGGUUGUGUUCCAGUAACUCACGAGAAAAAACAUAUCUACAUCCAGAUUUUAACACAAGUUGUGCCAGCUUGUUUUGGUUGUUAAAGAUGACAAUGAUAUUGAGACCAUUUGCAUUAGGUUCAGGGUUGACCAUUUUCCUAAUACAUAACCAAAAAAAUAACUUUUAUAAAAAAAUACUGAUUGUAGGAUUUUCUUGGUUGGAAAAGAGAAUUUUGCAGAAAUAGUUAAUAUACUUCCGAGUGAUAUUAGUGCCAAUAGCUCUGUAAAUGCUCCUUAGGCAUUAAAUACAAAGUCUACGCAGAAUAAACCCAAUUGUUUAAGAUGUGAUAAAAUUUAAAUGUGGCAAUCUCCCUGGCUUUUUAUACCCAAGUACUUAUCAAGAAUAUAGAAAAAUAAAAUGUUUAAUAACCAGGUGGAAAAAACUGAUAAUUACUAAAUCUAUGUGAACAAAUUCACAGAACAGUAGUUAUUUGUUCAUGUGGGAAGUAGUAAUUUAAAGUAGUCAAUGAAAUGUGUAGCAAACCUGUUAUUCAUCAACAACCUGCUUUUUACUUCACAAGCUGGAAAAACUAUAUAGAACUGAUUUAUUCUUUAAUAUUUAUGAAAAAUAUCUAAUAUGUGCAUAUGUCUGAAAAAAAUAUAUUUCACCUUGCAAAGUCUCAAAAUAAACAGCUCCUGUGCUUAUUCAUAUAACAAUUUUGCUUCCAUAGCCAAAUACAUAUCUUAUCUCUA